AUGCCGUCUGCGGAGAAACUAGCACAUUUCUUGUCAAGUUCUGCUUUAUGUGCAGCUGGAGUGGUUUUAUUGGGUUUCGGGAUGUCGACGGAUUGGGCCGAUGCCGUCUUGGACUGCGCUCCGCCCGGGAGUGUAAUGUUCAAUGGAACCUCCAGUCUCAAAACUGGCCUUUUCAAUGGCACAGAAACCAAAAUCAAAUGCCCCAGGAUUGACUCACCUGGAAAACCAGUGAUCGUGUUCAACCGUCUGGCGAAAUUAGUAGGCGCUCCCAUCAUCCUGCAUGCUCUGGUUGUCAUCCUGUUGGCUCUGGCUCUUUUGGGGUCUGCAGGCAGUAUUCUGGUCACACUGUACAACAGCUUCAGUAACCCAUAUCAGACAUACAUGGGACCAAUAGGACUGUACACAUGCAGUGGACUCAGUGUAUGUGUGGCCACCCUGGCACUGAUUCUGUACGUGUCGAACGCCUACCUGGGCGAGAUGUUCCAGACGCUGGUGAAAGCAGAUGAAGCCAACGUGGAGUUGAGGAAUCCAAAAAUUACCCUAAAGGCAGGGUUCUUCCUCCUGAUACCGUACAUCGGCGUCAACUUGCUGGCCAUCCUCGUGGUCUAUCUGUACGUCCACGCCGCAUACACUCGCCGCAAAGAGCAGGAGAAACCAACGGAGGAUGCGCCCAAAGAGAUCAUGAUGUACUAA